CAUUCCCAUCUAUGUAUCCAUGAGUUCGUCUCCUGGGUACAUAGAUGGCUUCCGAAUGGCGCUGUGUUCGCGCAUUAUUCGCAACAUGCCCAUCUUGAAUGUACUCGUGCCGGCUGUUUGAAGCAUCAAAACAAACUCGCGAGAGUUUUGCAUCGUCGAUCAAGCCGAAUUCGAUAAUCUGCCAACGUUUAAAUAUCCAGAACAAGAUGAGUCGCAGGAAAAGGGCAAAGGUGGAGUACAGGGAAAUGGAGGAAAAGUAUAAUCAAAUGGAAGACGAAAAUGCCUCGGAUACAUCAGAAAAAUCUAAAACUGGUCUUGUAACACCUGAAAAGAAAGCACCCAUAGAAGUAAAAAAAGAAUCUGAAUCUACAGUGCCUGCUCCUGUGCCUUCUGCUUCGAAAACAGAAGUCAAGGAAGAAGAUGAUCAAGAUAGCGAUCAUGAAGAUCCACAUGUAAAGGAAUUGUUGAAUGGAUUGGAAGGUGCUGCCUUUCAAAGUCGUCUUCCAUUUGAUAAAAUGACAUCCACUGAAGCUGCAUGUUUCUUGGACAUCUCUAGUGGACCACCACAAACACAAAAAGUGUUUUUACACAUUAGGAAUAGAUUGUUACAAAUUUGGCUGGAAAAUCCAAAACAGCAAUUAAUCAUCGAAAAUGCAUUACCACAAAUUGAAUCACCUUAUAAUAGCGAUACAGUGCUCGCUCGUAGGAUUCAUGCUUUUUUAGAGAGGCAUGGUUUUAUAAACUUUGGAGUGUUUAAACGUCUGAAGCCCUUACCAACCAAAAAAUUAGGUAAAGUUAUCGUAAUAGGAGCUGGAAUUGCUGGGUUGGCAGCAGCUCAGCAAAUGCAACAGUUUGGUUUAGAAGUAAUGGUGUUAGAAGCUCGGGAUCGUGUUGGUGGGCGAAUUGCGACAUUUCGCAAAUCAAGUUAUAUUGCGGAUUUGGGAGCUAUGGUGGUCACAGGUUUAGGUGGAAAUCCUGUGACGACUCUUAGUAAACAAAUUAAUAUGGAACUUCAUAAAAUACGACAAAAAUGUCCAUUAUAUGAAAGCGAUGGCCAAACGGUUCCUAAAGAUAAGGAUGAAAUGGUAGAAAGAGAAUUUAAUAGGCUACUGGAAGCUACUUCUUACCUUUCGCAUCAGUUGGACUUUAAUUAUGUAAAUAGUGCAGGAUCUGGAGGGCAAGGUAGUAAUACACGUCCAGUAUCCUUGGGACAAGCGUUAGAAUGGGUAAUACGUUUACAAGAGCAAGGUGUAAAGCAACGCCAAGUAGCACAUUUACGUUCUGUACUCUCAUUGCAAGGACGUUUAAUCACCAAUCAACAUAGGAUGAUCUCUAUUAUGGAUCGUUUGAUGGAAUUGAAUAAGCAAUACAAGGAAAUGACAGAGAGCAAAUUACAAACUCGAGAUAUAACGCAGGAAUUUGUACUCCGAUCUAAGCUACGUGAUCUUCAUAAUGCUUGCAAAGAAUGGGAUCAGUUAUCAGACCAGCAGAAAGAGAUUGAAGCAAAAUUACAAGAAUUAGAAGCAUCUCCUCCUAGCGACGUCUAUUUAUCAUCCAAGGAUCGGCAGAUAUUAGAUUGGCAUUUUGCAAACUUGGAGUUUGCCAACGCAACAUCAUUGUCAAACUUGAGUUUGAAGCACUGGGACCAAGAUGACGAUUUCGAGUUCACCGGAAGCCAUCUAACGGUUCGCAACGGUUAUUCUUGCGUACCUGUUGCUCUCUCGGAAGGACUUGAUAUUCGAUUGAACACAGCUGUCAGGGCGGUGCGAUACGGGCCAAAUGGCGUAGAAGUGUGGGCCACACCCUCCCGCAGUCCGCACACAAAUCACACCGUUUAUAAAGCGGACGCCGUGCUGGUUACACUACCCCUUGGCGUUCUCAAGACUUCCGCACCACCUUCCGGGGUCACCUUCAAUCCACCGCUUCCGGACUGGAAGGCGCAGGCCAUUCAACGACUCGGUUUUGGCAAUUUAAAUAAGGUAGUGCUAUGCUUCGAGCGCAUUUUCUGGGAUCCAACGGCCAAUUUGUUCGGCCACGUGGGAAGUACCACGGCGUCGCGCGGUGAGCUCUUCCUGUUCUGGAACUUAUACAAGGCUCCGGUCCUGUUGGCCCUUGUCGCCGGUGAAGCGGCUUGCGUAAUGGAAAAUGUCAGUGACGAUGUUAUCGUUGGUCGCUGCAUCGCCGUUUUGAAAGGAAUUUUUGGAAACCAAGUGGUACCGCAACCACGCGAAAGCGUCGUGACGAGAUGGCGGGCAGAUCCUUGGGCACGAGGAUCCUACAGUUUUGUCGCGGUGGGCAGUUCCGGCAGUGAUUACGAUCUCCUGGCGGCACCCGUAUCACCUCCACACCUAGUCAAUCAACCAGCCCCGCAGCCGAGAGUGUUUUUCGCAGGGGAGCACACUAUCCGGAAUUAUCCAGCCACCGUACAUGGUGCAUUCCUCAGCGGCCUUCGUGAGGGCGGGCGUAUAGCCGACCAACUCUGUGGAAGUCCUUACGCGCCACCAACAAUGACAGCUUCCGUUCCGCCAUCAACGGGGAUCACGCCAGCAAAUACCAGUAGCAGUUCGACGCCUUAGUAUUUUCGCAUCGACUAUUAUGUUCUUGUCUUUCUGUGAGCGAAGAACCUCCGAGGAAUGGCCAUUCACUCGAAAAAGCUCUUCCUCGAAGCUCUUCCGGAAAAAGAUACAAAGAGAGAACUCUGAGAUAAUUACAAGUCAUACGACAACGUAGCGACAGAAAUGUCGCUGGUUCGCUGUUAUUUUCGCAAUUUGCACGUGAUCGUUUUCGGCAAAUAGUUUAAUUCAGAACAUUUUUCUAGGAAUCGGAUCGAUUGAAGAAAUUAACUAAAAAAAUAUCACAUGAUUUUCAAACGCUCAAUCUUUCACAACACACUACGUUGUCAAAUAUAUAUAUACUCAUACUUGCAAAUAUACAGCUCAAAUGUUGGAUUUAUCAUUAUCUUUAUUCAUAUAUGUAUAUGGAAAGAAUA